AUGACAAAGUUAGGUGUUACACCAGGAGUUCAUGGAGAUGAAGAGAAGACCGAUUCAUCAAUUGCCGAAGGCGUGAAACACGAUUCGAAGGUGUUCACUGUACUGCAACCGACUAUGAUUCCGCUACCUGUGGCUGCUCCAGCGGUUUCCAAUCGUCAUACAACAGCAGCAAUUCUUCUCAGAGGAAUUAUACUGUUCUUGUUGUUCGUCUCCUGCUUUACUGCUGGUUUGGUGCUGAUCUAUGGCGUCGACACUGUCUAUGCCGGAAUUUUUGGGACCUCCAGCACCGAGCAGAGUUCUGUGACAACUACGGUAGCUCCAAUUGAGCCACUCAAAUUGGUGAAUCCAGUGGACAAUGUUACGCCAUCAAUUCCUAAAGAUGACAAGGCCGCCGAUGGCGAGGUGAAAAUCUUUUUGAACGCUAUUCCUGUGGCUAAGGUGAUGAUGAUCGAAGGUGGAAGUAGCAGCGAAGCAAAAGAUUCCCAACCAAAGGAUGUGAACGAACGACCAUUACAUCCGUAUGAGCAGCAAGAAGCUCCAUUUGAAGCAUUCAACAAUAGACCAAUGAUAAAUGUCAUACCACACAUAAUUUCUCUACAAGCUAGACAAAUGGCCUACAACCAAGCAUUACGUCAGUGGAGACUACGCAGACUACAUCAGGCAAUCUUCCAACAAUUGAUGAAGAUGGCAAUAAUGAGGGCCGAAUUUGCACAGAUGGAAUAUGAACGCCGUGCAGCACUGGAGAGCGAGAUAGCACGCUCUAUUGCUCAAGCUCGCUGGGAACAAGCUCAGCGCGCUCGUGCAGCAGAAGAAUACCAGGCACAGAUGCAAAGGGCCCAAUGGGCACAGGCACAGGCACAGAAUUGGCAAUCGGACAGAGCUCAGAUGGCCCAAUAUCAGCAACAGCAACAACAGUAUUGGCCGAAUGCAUGGUGGCAACGACAACAAACACAGCAGCAAUACUUCAACAAUCCACGUGCUGCGCAGCAAUGGUACUACUACCCACAACAGCAUGGUGUUUACUAUCAACAACAACCACAGCAGCAGCAGCAGCAGCAGUUCCCACAGCCGCAGCCGUUGCAGUACCAAUACUACCAAUUUCCGAUACCUAUGCGACCACAUGAUGCUUCGCCAGCCCAGAUAAUCUCCAUGCAACAACCGACCGUACCACCUGCACCAGAAAUGGCGAUACACGACAAAAUCUAUCAAGAAAUGCAGAAGAAAUCACAAGGAAUGGACUUCAAUGCGCCAUCAAAGCCAAUCUGGACGGCAAUCACUCCUACUCCCGAAACUCCUUCAGCAAACUACGACCAUGACUCAAUUUUCCGAGAGAAUCUACAGAAAAUUAAUGAACAGUCAGCAACCACUACCACCGUCUCUCCGACCUCUGAAAAAGUCGCUGAAAUGGAUGGCGAGAACAUGUUCCGUGAUAUUCUCUCGGUUUUUGACGAAGCUGAAAAGGGCGAAACGACGCCUGCCAGCACCACAGAGAACAUCUUCAAAGAAUUUGGUGAAGAGAAAUUGAUUUCUACUGAGAUUCCAACAACCGAGAAAGAAACAGUCGAUCGUGUUGUCGAUAGUGCUGCGCAGAUUCCUGAAGGAGAAAGCGAAGAGAUCCAGUUAGGACCAGUUGUGGUUGAAGAUAGUUUCCCACGAAUUGAUGACAGAACAACCAUCGCCAUCGAGGCUUCGACCGCUCUACCACGCAGCGAAAGUGAUGAAGUAUUGGAACACGAUCCUCUCGCUGCUUUCCUGAGGUAUUUCGAACAAGAGGCGCAAAAAAUAAAUUCUGCUAAGGCUGCAGCACCGGCCAUUGUAGACAGCCAAGUUCAAAAGGAUGAUCCAAAAGAUGACCAACCAGCGGCCGUCGAUGAACCUGAACCACACUUCCAAGAAUUCCAACACGCACCUCGACUUGUUACUGUUUAA